AUGGCGCGGACGUCCGUAGUGCUCCCAGCACCUUUGCUACCGGCUGCGUCUUCAUCUAUUCCAGAUGAGAUAAGUCCGAUCCAAUCGCCCGGCUGCAUCGGCGGACCCACCACUGCGGCGAGUACGGCGAACCGGACCUGCCGCCGAAUGCAUCACGGUCCCGUCGUGCACGAAGCUGAGUGCCGCGCGGAAUUUCGUGGACAACCCGAUCUCCAGCAACGCGCAGUACGGUUUCAAGACGGCAGCAGGGCGCUAUGGGUGGCGGUGGAUCCGGCGGACUUCGUGUCGGGCGUGCAGAUUCUAGGGCAGGAGACGGUGGUGAUCAAUUCGGCCUACUACUUCCUGAUUGACGGGAGCGGCACGAGCGUCGCGGACUUGGGUUCCGUCUGCAUUUCGUGACAUAUUGGAGAUACGUCGUCGCUGUCCGUUGAUGCGUGUACUGACGGCACGUCACAGUUCCCUACCAGUGGCGACACUUCUCAAGCGACAACGUCGGUGUAGACUUCAACGACCACGUCAGCCCCAACUACCGCCACCACUUUCAGCGGCUCCUACUGCACCACCAACUACUCCGGUUGCUACGUCAUGUCCGACACAAGGUUCUACGGUUACGACAUCACCUCAAAAUAAAGGACCUACUACACCGCCAACUACAACCUCAAUUACGAUAACGACUCCAGGCAUGACGUCGCCACUAACCGAUGCUCCUACUUCUACUCCUACGUCAGUCACAGAAGCUCCGACUACGGCUCCACCAACUACGUCGCCGCCGACUGAAACUAUAACAGGCAUUGCGGUGACCAACUAAUGCUCAUUGCAGUUGUUGAUAGCUCGUUUUGACCAAACGUAUGUAGUCUUCAUUAAUGUAAUUUGCUAAAGGAAAUGGCGUCUCCUGAUCUUCGCAUUCGCAAAUUCAGACGCUUCAAGAGCCCGUCACGUUUUGAGCCAUGCAAAUAAUAUCGCGGACUGUGUCAGGCUUAAGCACUUCUUGGGACACUACCAUACUCAUCGUGAGCGACACAAACAAUAAACUGCCAAAGCGCCUUUACUUGCUGCGAUCGUUUUGGAGCGGCAAACGUCCUUCCUGCAGAACAUGAUCGGAUAUUGGCAGAAUCGUAUGUCUGGCAGCUCGCUGUAGGUCGCGUAGUCUCAACUUUGAUAGGGCUCGCCGCCACAGGAGGAGGUGAACUGAGCCUGUGUCUUAAUCUCUUGGGAGGGGGGGGGAUCUUGGCCGUAGAGGAGUUGAUGCUCGCUUUUUCAGUGUUGAUUGUGUUCUCUGUCGACUCGGUGGCUGCGAAAUCGUUCUUUGCCUUGGCGGAGGAGACGCGAAGAAGCUGCCAUCGCCAUCGGGCUCGCUGUCCAUUGUGU